ACGUAAAGGCUUAGUCAUCCGCUCAGAGCGGGUAGAACAAACCGAAAUUGCCGUUACAGUCUCAUCUCCUAACUUUUUUCACUGACAUUGAUUUUUCCAAUUGAUAUAUACUUGAGAUUUGCUUCCAAUUGAAAUGUGGAAUCUUACCACCAACGUAAGACUCCAAGAACAAGGAAAUAAUGGAAAUGGAAUCCCGCCACCAAGCAGGAAACCACAAGCUGAAGGCAGGUUGCACAAGUCGCAAAUCAAGUCAAAAUCUGCGCGCUGCAUAUCCGAUUGCAUUCACCACCCAGAAAAGAUGAACCAUGAAGACCAACAAGACUGCAAUACAAGAAACCCAACGAGCAGAAGCACAAGCAACGAACCAUUCACCAAAACUAAGUAGCAAGCAAAGAUAGCGAGGAAAAAAGUCUUUCAUCUUCGAAAAUCUUCAUCUUCACACUCAGCUAACUUUGAGGUUUCAUUACCUGCUGAUUUGAUCGUCUUGAUCGCCAACGUUAGAGUCGAGGUAGCAGAAGUAGCAGAAGUAGUCAUCUUCCGAAAACAAACGACACAAACAUUUGGAUGGUAUCAACAACAGCACGGCGACGUUAGUGAAUGGAGUACUUGUAGUCACAUUCACUUUUGAAAUGAUAUUAUUCUCAUUAAUUCCUCAUCCUCCGAGCAAUAUCAUUCAACACUUCAAUACUGCUUGCUGUCAUCAUUGCCUCGGAUGGGAAUUAGGGGUGGGCACUUGGAACCGAAAAUUGAAACCGAAACAUGAAUCGAAUCGGACCGCACCUAAUGGUUUUGGUUUUGCGGUUUUGAAAUGGUUUCGGUUUUAAAACCGAACUGCGGCAAAGAAAACGGUUUGGUUUCGGUUUUGGGUUUUCAAAACCGCACCGAAACCAAACCGAAACCGAAACCGCACCAUAUAUUGAAUGUUAUGUUUUAAUUAGUUCAACUACACUAGUCAUCCAAUUUUGCACCACUAUUCGAGUCCAUCCAAUUUUUCCCCUACAUAUACUGAUUCAUACUGAAUUUCUUCUCGUUUUCCAAAAAGAGAAUGGACAUUCUUCCCUUCCUACUCCAUCUCAGCAGUCAAUUACUGAGGGCACCAGCUCUAGUGUGAUUAUGGUGCCUGAUGUCGACAGGGAUUUACUUCAUUGUCUUAUUAAGAUAUAUGAUUGUCUGGAGUCUGACUUAAAGCUAAAUGAGGUUUUUGAGUUUUUUGGAGUCUUCACUCUCGAUUCAGAGUUUAAAGAGGACAAGGAUGCAUCAUAUGAUUUCACAAAUGGUUUUAGCGAAGAUGUGUUGGUUCACUUGCCCUCUAAUAAGGUACCACGUCUCCAUUGUUAUAUUCACAGGAAGCUUGCAGUUCACGACUUCCUUCCUUGUUCCCCUACAAUCACAGGAAACUUGGACUUCUAUGCCUGUCUGCGUGUGUAUAUGCAAAACCUGGGAUCUCUAAAUUUCCCCACUUCUGCAUCCUUCCCUUAAUUACUUAGAUAUUGUGUUUGACAAUGCUAUUAUUGUCUACCUUAUAGCCAAAGCCCAACGUGGUGAAAGAGAUCAGGGAAUCUCUCUUGAGGCAUCUUACAGCUGUUCUUGGUAAUGAUGGCAUAGCUGCUACUUUCAUGCUGUUGCAUCUCAUGUCCACGGUGUAUUCUAGAGUUGAACAGUAGCUGUGGGGAAGCUUUCACUAAAUCUUACUUGUUUAAGCAAAGAAAGUGCACCCGUGUAUGGUACUCG